GAAUCAUCUGUGUGACGGUGAUAAAACCCCUCCUUUCCCGCCCUUCCGAGCUUCUUCUCUCCAAUCCCCCUCCCUUCAUCCAUCUCACCAUGGCUGAACAAGAUCGCUACGGCUCACACUUCGGGUCCAAUCCCUCAAAUCCCGUGCAGGACUCGCCUUCGGUGAACCUGCAGAACCUGCCCAAGGGCUCCGGCGCCGAGCAGGACCGCUACGGUGGUUGGUUUGGCGGCGGAAAGGGCCCCUCUGCUGCCGACAAGAUUCAAGAAAAGGUCAACGAGAACUUCCCCCAGGGCGUUGGUGGCGCGGAACAAGACCGCUUCGGCGGCUGGUUUGGCGGCAAAGGCCCCUCGGCUGCUGAGAAGGUCCAGGAACACCUCCCCAGAGCUUCUGGCGCUGAGCAAGAUCGUCUCGGUGGCUGGUUUGCCGGUAAGGGCUCUGCCGCUGCCGAGAAGAUCCAAGAAAACCUCCCUCAAGGCUCCGGCGCUGAGCAGGAGCGCUACGGCGGUUGGUUUGGCGGCAAAGGCCCUUCUGCUGCCGACAAGAUCCAAGAAAAGAUUCACAACAAUCUCCCCCAGGGCACUGGUGGCGCGGAACAAGACCGCUUCGGUGGUUGGUUCGGCGGCAAAGGUCCUGCUGCUGCCGAUAAGAUCCAGGAACACCUUCCGAGAGGCUCUGGAGCCGAACAGGAUCACUACAGCGGCUGGUUCGGCGGCAAGGGCCCGUCGGCCGAAGAACUGAGGAAGCACAUGCCCCAGGGCUCUGGUGCUGAACAAGACCACUAUGCCGGCUAUUUCGGCGGCAAGGGUCCGACUGCGGAUGAACUGAAGAAGCAUUGGCCCCAUAUGGAGGGCUCUGGAGCUGAGCAGGACCGUUACGCUUCUCACUGGAGCCGGCGCCCUGAGAACCCCGUCGAAGCUACCCCGGGCCGCACGAGCUGGUCCAGCCGCGGAAGCCUGCCUUCCGGGGCGGAGCAAGACAGACUCGGCUCCCACUUCUCGACGCGCCCCGUCAACCCUGUCAGUGCCACUUCUGUCGGCCUGCUUCAGUCAGCUGUCCUCCCAUCAUUCGGCCUUCAGACGGGUCUCUCUGUCAUCGCUUACGGCCUCUCUCGGUACACGGAUCGUGCUGAGGGCAAGGACUGGUACUGGCCUUCCGGUCAGGUCAUCAAUGCUUGGUAUAGCGCCAUUGGAACUCGGGUUUUCAACGAUGGGCUGUCCCUCUCCACGGCCUGGUCGACUCUGACCUACCCCGAAAAGCUCCUCCUCACCGGUGUUACUGCCUGGGGUGGUCGCCUCUUCUACCGUAUUGCUACUCGUGGUGUUUCUCGCGGCAAGGACGAUCCCCGCUACACGGAGGCCAAGCAGGACCCCAACUUCUGGAACAAGGCGUUCUUUAGCAUGUACCUCCCCGAGGCCGCUAUUGAGACCAUCAUUGCGUUGCCGUUCACGCUUCCUUUCCGUGCGCCUGUCAGCAAUGCCCUUGCGUCUCCCCUCCCCGACUACGCUACGCUUGCGCACAGCUUGGCUAUCUUCCUCUUCACCUCUGGUCUUACCCUCGAGGUUCUUGCCGAUGCUCAGAUUGAGUCUCACCGUCAGAAGAGCGAUGACCUCAACCGCGAAGGUGUCUGGAGCAUCGUGAGACACCCCAACUACCUUGGUGAUGCUCUCGUCCAUGCAUCCUUCCCUCUGCUUCUCUACGGUGCUGGCAUUCUGCACCCGCUUGCUCUUCUUGGCCCUGUUGCCAACUACGUCUUCCUGCGCUUCAUUGGUGGUGACAAGGAAAACGAAGCGACCCAGGAGAAGCGCUACGCCAAGGAGAACCCUCUCAAGCUCCAACAGCUCCAAGAAUGGAGGCGGGAGAAGAACAGCUUCUGGCCCAGCCUCAAGGAGGUCACGAACCCCUGGUACUUGGGCAUCCUUGCUGCCGGUGUCGGCGGUGCCGUCGUCGAGAGGGGCAUUCGUGCUUACCUCAGAGGUUAAGCAAGUGCUGUAGUUGAUACUUCUCGAUUUCUUCGAUGAAAAUUUGGCCAAAUGCUGAGCGUUGGGCAGUGGCCUUGUAUCACAUAAUAAUAUGGCUAAAAGUAGCACUAUGAAUUGAUGAG